GUUGUUGAUGCUCUGGAAGAGCUUUCCAGUGAGAUCGGUGAGGGCUUGCUUCUCCGGCUUAGGCUUGGAAGAGAUCACGGUCUUGAGGUCGUAGCGAAGGUACGACGCCCUCAGCCUAAGGUCGUUCAUCACAUAUGGCCAAGCCUUCUUGUCAAUGAACGACUUCACGUUCACUAUCUCACUUGCCGACACUUUGGCCCUCGCCGCCGCCUCCUCCGGCGUCAGCGGCUGCAGAUAGAACCUCUCCUUCAGCGGCAGGUCCACGUCCCUGGCCUCGUCAGCGUUCAGAGUCCCGGCUGCCAGAAUCACCACAAUUUCGUAACAUGCAAUCGCCGAAUUAAAGAAAAAGAAAAAACCCAAAUAGAUUUACUUACGCAGUCCGCCGGAGGGAGCCGGAGGAGGGCCGACCCUGAUCGAAUUUGCCUCGGCGAGCACAGCCUGGACGAAAGACCCAGAAGCCAAACCCACGGCGACGAGGCCAAGCAUGGACCGGCGGCUGGUCUCCGGCUCGGCAGCCUGCUGCUGUGCUCGAAUCGUUAGGCAGCUCGGACGAGCUCCCACGCCGCCGGUGGCGCUAGCCACGUUCAAGCGGGUCGAGCCAACCAUGGAAGCCAUCGCCUGAGCCAUUGUUGUUGAGUUUUCUGAUUUCCAGGUGGGCUGAGACUGAGAUUAUGGUUUAUUUUCUUCUGGGAUUCUGUUUAUCUGGCAGUGGUUAUUUGUUCAAUUCUGUGUGUGAUGUAGAUUGGUUUGUUGGCUGAAAUUGCCUUAUCUGAGCAUGUUCUUCGUUGGAUAAGGCAGGAUAUGAU